AUGCGGCCGGCGGGAGCCGCGGCCGUCGCGGGGUCGUCGGCGCGGGACGCGUCGCUGUGCGGGGAGCUGCUGCAGGCCCCGCCGCCCCCGGCCUCGCAGCCGCCUCCGGCCGCGCCCUCGGGCCCGCCGCUCCCCGCUCCGAGCGCGACCCUCAACCGUCUUCCGGAGCCGCUGCUGCGGAGGCUCAGCGGGAGCCUGGACCGAGCGCCCGAGGGCCGGGGCUGGAGGAGGCUGGCCGAGGUGGCGGGGAGUCGGGGGCGCCUCCGGCUCAGCUGUCUGGACUUGGAGCAGUGUUCUCUUAAGGUCUUGGAGCCUGAAGGAAGCCCAAGCCUAUGUUUACUGAAGCUAAUGGGUGAGAAAGGUUGUACGGUCACAGAACUGAGUGACUUCCUGCAGGCUAUGGAGCACACCGAAGUUCUUCUGCUUCUCAGCCCCCCAGGAAUAAAGAUCACCGUAAACCCAGAAUCGAAGGCAGUCUUGGCUGGACAGUUUGUGAAACUGUGUUGCCGGGCAACUGGACAUCCCUUUGUACAAUAUCAGUGGUUCAAAAUGAAUAAAGAGAUUCCAAACGGAAAUGCAUCAGAACUAAUUUUUAACACCGUGCACGUGAAAGAUGCAGGCUUUUACGUCUGUCGAGUUAAUAACAAUUUCACCUUUGAAUUCAGCCAGUGGUCACAGCUGGAUGUUUGUGAUGUCACAGAAGUAACAGGAAACCUCCAGGGGAGUUUGGAUGGCAUCUCUGAAUCCAAGUUGCAAAUCUGCGUUGAACCAAGGUCCCAAAAGCUGAUGCCUGGAAGCACAUUGCUUUUACAGUGUGUUGCUGUUGGAAGUCCUAUUCCUCACUACCAGUGGUUCAAAAAUGAGUCACCAUUAAUACAUGAGACAAAAAAGCUAUACAUGGUGCCUUAUGUGGAUCUGGAACACCAAGGGACCUACUGGUGUCACGUAUAUAACGAUCGAGACAGUCAAGAUAGCAAGAAGGUAGAAAUCAUCAUAGGAAGAACAGAUGCAGUGGAGUGCACUGAAGAUGAAUUAAAUAAUCUCGGAUGCCCUGACCAUGAAGAGCAAACGGGUGAUCAGCCUUUGGCAAAGGACAAGGUUGCUCUUUUGAUAGGAAAUAUGAAUUACUGGGAACACCCCAAGCUCAAAGCUCCUUUGGUGGAUGUGUACGAGUUGACCAACUUGUUAAGACAACUAGAUUUCAAAGUUGUUUCGCUGUUGGAUCUCACUGAGUAUGAGAUGCGAAAUGCCGUGGAUGAAUUUUUACUCCUUUUAGACAAAGGAGUUUAUGGAUUAUUAUAUUAUGCAGGACAUGGUUACGAAAACUUUGGGAACAGCUUUAUGGUCCCUGUUGACGCUCCAAAUCCAUAUAGGUCUGAAAACUGUCUCUGUGUACAAAAUAUACUGAAGUUGAUGCAAGAAAAGGAAACCGGACUCAACGUGUUCUUGUUGGACAUGUGUAGGAAAAGAAAUGACUAUGAUGAUACCAUCCCGAUCUUGGAUGCACUAAAAGUCACCGCCAAUAUUGUGUUUGGAUACGCCACGUGUCAAGGGGCAGAAGCUUUUGAAAUCCAGCAUUCUGGGUUGGCAAAUGGAAUUUUCAUGAAAUUUUUAAAAGAUAGAUUAUUAGAAGACAAGAAAAUUACUGUGUUACUGGAUGAAGUUGCAGAAGACAUGGGUAAGUGUCAUCUUACCAAAGGCAAACAGGCUCUGGAGAUUCGGAGCAGCUUGUCUGAAAAGAGAGCACUUACUGACCCAAUACAGGGAACAGCAUAUUCUGCGGAAUCUCUGGUGCGGAAUCUGCAGUGGGCCAAGGCACACGAACUCCCAGAAAGUAUGUGCCUUAAAUUUCAGUGCGGUGUCCAGAUUCAGUUAGGGUUUGCCGCAGAGUUCUCCAACGUCAUGAUAAUCUACACAAGCAUAGUCCACAAGCCGCCCGACGUAGUAAUGUGCGAUGCCUAUGUCACAGAUUUUCCUCUCGACUUAGACAUUGAUCCAAAAGCUGCAAACAAAGGGACGCCUGAGGAAACUGGCAGCUAUUUGGUAUCAAAGGAUCUCCCCAAGCAGUGCCUCUAUACUCGGCUCAGUUCACUGCAAAAAUUAAAGGAACAUCUAAUCUUCACAGUGUGUGUGUCGUAUCAGUACUCAGGACUAGAAGAUACUGUAGAGGAGAAGCAGGAAGUGAACGUUGGGAAACCCCUCAUUGCUAAACUGGACAUUCACCGGGGUUUGGGAAGGAAGACUUGCUUCCAGACGUGUGUCAUGUGUAACGGCCCUUACCAGAGCCCAGCGUCCACCUCGACGGGGGCUGGACAGUAUCACUCGUCUCAAGACUCCUUCCACGCUCUUUACCAUUCGCAUCUUGGUAACUCAAGCAGCGUUUUGCCAUCAGAUAGUUGUCAUUGCAGCCGGACCGCGGAUGCAUUUAUCUCAAGUCCCCAUUCCCACCGCGACUCGUGUCGCUUUGGGAGAAGUAAUGUGCCAGUAGAGACAACGGAUGAGAUGCCGUUCAGUCUCUCUGACGGGCUCCGAAUUUCAGACAAGUGACCUCCUUGUGUUUGAAAGCUGCCAUAAUGACUACACGCCUCCUGUGCUACGGGACCGACAGCAAGUGAGGUGUGACGGAAAAACAAAUACAUUUUUGUAGAGAGAGAGGAUUAAUAGGCUAUUUCGUGGCAAACCCAGGACCUUGAGAUGUUGGAAUUAUAUUAUUUAGCCACAGACUUCCUCUUCCUCUUCUUGUAAGAUUUGGUGAAUUGGUUGGCUUGUUCCGUAAGAAUGCAGUGUGGAUGUGCUUAGAACAAAGGUAUUUUCAUUUCGAGCACUCGGGAGUGACAACAGUGGGAAUGACAUUGUUGAAGAAGUCCUUGUAUUUUUAGAAUGAGGGAAAAAAACCUUGGUGAUCAUCAGGCUUAACCUCGUUUUAUCGGUGGGAGAAACAGAUUGUGGCAUCUUGUUGAAGUGAGAGCUGACACCAGAACUGAGAUCUCCAGAUUUCUAUUCCAGUGUUUAUUCCACUACAUACUGCCUUCCUGACAGGUUCUGAGACAGGUAUUAUUUUUGUAGAUAGAUUUAAAGAUAAUAUGUAAAUAUGCAUGUGUGUAUAUAACCUAGUAAUGUGCAAACUUUAAUUUGUGAUUAUAUGACUUUAGUACAAAUGUCUGUUAACAGGUUUGUAUCUAAAUCUUCUGUAAACAGGCUGAAAGUUCUUGUUCCUAAGGUCGUGAAAGCACGAGAGGUGAUGAAAUGUUUGUCUCUGUUAGAGCAAGACGGCAGGACAGUUCUGCCACUGGAGAAUCCUGGCCAGCUGCUUAUCUGAAUCCUACAGACACUGGAUAUGUCUUCCUCGAUAACAUUAAUUUUCUUAGUGAAUUGUACUGGCCUUGAGAGAUCAUCUUACCACUGUUGGUUCUACCGAAAGCAAGUGAAAAAGACAACUUGCCAAUAACAAAGAUACUGAAUUCGUAACUUUAAAACGUGCCACAAAGAAAAUACCAAGCCCAGAUGGCUUCACUGCUGUAUUCUACCAAACAUUUAAAGAAUUAGCACCAAUCCUUUGCAGAUUCUCCCCAAAAAAAGGAAGCGAGAACACUUCCCAAGUCAUCUUAUGAGGCCAGUAUUCCCCUGAUACAAAACCAGUGAAGACAUCACAAGAAAACUACAGAUCAGUAUCUGUUCUGAAUAUAGACU